AUGGAUCCAAGGCGUGCGGACAACAUGAACCCCCUGCAGCGCAACAUCUGCAGAUCAUACCUCCACAACGGCCACUGUCCUAACGGCAUGCGCUGCCGUUACCGUCACGACAGACGCGCUCCACUCUGUCGCCACUUUCUAAAGGGAACCUGCUGGUUUGGCAACAACUGCAAGUUUCUUCAUAUUUUUCCACCUGGAGGAUUCUUUGCAAACCACAUACCACAGCCUCCCGCUGGGCCCCACGCUGGGCCCCACGCCGGGCCCCACGCCGGGCCCCACGCCGGGCCCCACGCCGGACCCCACGCCGGACCCCACGCUGGACCCCACGCUGGACCCCACGCUGGGCCCCACGCUGCGACCCCCUCUGGGCUCCAUUCUGCAACUCCCUAUGGGCCCUCUAGAGCAGCACCUGCCAGGCCCCACACAAGACCCAGUGGGGCAGGAAUCCCUGAACACACACCAGAGUCUGCUGCUGGACCUCGAAGCACUGGACAGACCACCGCAGCCCCAGCUGCACCACACUCACCAGCUCCGCCUCUUAGCUCAGAGGAGACAAGACGGCUACAAAAGACCACCACUCCAGACGUGCGGGAGAAAGGCGCCGCGGCCGCGCCAGCGGAACACGGUGACAUAAUCUGUGGCAUCUGCAUGGAUCGGAUCUGGGAGAAACCUGAGGCCGGUGAACGAAAGUUCGGCAUACUGCCCAACUGUGCACACAUCUUCUGUGUGGGCUGCAUCCGGACCUGGAGGAAGACUAAGACCAUGUCCCCCAAAGUCGUCAAGAGCUGUCCGCAGUGCCGGGUCUACUCUGCCUUUUACAUGCCGCUGAGCCGCUGGGUUGAAGGACCAGAGAAGGCUGCUCUCAUCGAGGCUUUCAAGAAAGCGCAUAGUGAGAAACCGUGUGGGUACUACCUGCGCCACGGUCGCUGUCCGUUCAAGGCAGACUGUCUCUACAAACACGACGAGAGCCUGCGGCCUACUGCAGCCGAGAGCUCUGAUGACGAAGAUGGCGACGAUGACGAGGACAUGGAGGGCUUACACCCCGCUGACAUGCUGAACAUGCUGCUGAACCUGGCUCUGGAUGAAAGCGACGACGAACACGAGCUCAACAUCUUUGACCUGCCCUACUACCUCCUCCGAGAACACUUCCUCUAA